CUGUAAUUGUACACGAAACAAUAUACAAUAUAUCUUGUAAUAUUCAAGAGGGUGCGGGGGAGAAUAGAUUCUUUGUUACUGCGAUAGUGAGUAAAAUGCUAUUCACUAAAUGUAUUUCCAGAGAUAUUAUCUACGUCGAUUAUCUAUUUUUAGAAGAGUGCACACAUUUAUGGGAAGUAGUUUGGAGCAAUUAAGACAUCUUGAUCCAUUAACCUUGUGAACUCUUGUUACCUUUCUUUUUGUCUCUUGUUCAAUUUUGCCAUUCUGCGACAUACACGUGGGAAGAGAUAGAACAAAUUACAAAACAUUACGGACGAAUGAAGUAAAGACACAUCGUGUUACAGCUAAAUUUUAGCUACAACUUGACGAUGCCCUUUGAAUAGAUUCAAUAAAAUUCAUUGUUACUUAUUAUUUUUUUAUACUUGAAUAUAAUCAAUAUCUUUGGGGAGAGUUUUGCAAGUAUAAUAACAUUCCUCGUGUCUAGGAGGAUGAUAAUCUACCGAGUAUUUGCAGGAAGAUCAACGCGAUUGUGGAGGAACGCAGAAAAGCGUACGCUCUAGUUAACUCGAGAGCCUCGUGCAUUCGAUAGAGGUAACAUUACAGGUAGCAGUCAACUGCUAGAAGUUAUAAUUGGCAUAAAUUAAAAAGCAAUUAAGUGCUUUCUUGUAAAAGUUUACAGAUAUUCUACAAAAUAUGGGGAUGCUGUCGUUGAGCCUCCACGUGCCGAAUAGCAACGUACUACGAUUGAAACACGUGUCGAUGAACGAUGAACACUCGUGAAAACGAAAACGAAAUGUAUUUUCAAAAUCUCUUCCACCGCAUUAUUUACAUUAUUUUAUUUCCAAUGUCAAAAGCUAAUCCCUAUACACACUAUAUUACGUUUGCAGAUGAUCCGUAAAUUUAUGCACUCGCAAAAUGUUGCUUCUACGCCUAACUGUGCAUGUACGAGAGUAAUCUAGUUAGCGUGCCAAGCCCACCGAGCUUGAGAAUCCUCGAGAACCCCGGCCAGAGCUCCGGUGGCAGGAGGAAGGGAGUUGAUAUAAAGCGACUGUUCCUCCUGAGAACGCAAUGCUCCGGCAGUCGCGGCAACAUCUAGUCCUAGAGUCCUCCUUUCCGAGGUUGUCCCCAUCGUUCACCUGCUGUAAGCGCGAGACAAGUCCGUGAGCUUCUCGGUAAAUUCUCACCAAGAGGUAACCGCCUCCGCGAUAACACUGUUCGAAGAUGUGCGACGACGACGUGGCCGCUCUAGUGAUCGACAAUGGAUCGGGGAUGUGCAAAGCCGGAUUCGCCGGAGACGAUGCUCCUCGAGCUGUGUUUCCCUCCAUUGUCGGAAGACCUCGGUACCAAGGAAUCAUGGUGGGCAUGGGACAAAAGGAUAGUUACGUGGGUGACGAGGCGCAGAGUAAGCGGGGUGUCCUCACCGUUAAGUAUCCCAUCGAACACGGUAUCGUCACCAAUUGGGACGACAUGGAAAAGAUCUGGCACCAUACAUUCUACAAUGAGUUGAGAGUCGCGCCAGAGGAGCAUCCCGUUUUACUGACGGAGGCGCCGCUCAACCCCAAGGCCAACCGCGAGAAGAUGACGCAAAUCAUGUUCGAGACGUUCAACACUCCGGCCAUGUACGUCGCCAUCCAGGCCGUCCUGUCCCUGUACGCGUCGGGCCGCACGACCGGCAUCGUGCUGGACAGCGGUGACGGAGUGUCGCACACUGUGCCAAUCUACGAGGGAUACGCCUUGCCUCACGCAAUCUUGCGCUUGGACCUGGCCGGUCGCGACCUGACGGAUUACUUGAUGAAGAUCUUGACCGAGAGGGGUUACGCCUUCACGACCACCGCCGAGCGCGAGAUCGUGCGCGACAUCAAGGAGAAGUUGUGUUACGUCGCCUUGGACUUUCAGCACGAGAUGGCGACGGCCGCCGCCUCGACCGCGUUGGAGAAGAGCUACGAAUUGCCGGACGGCCAGGUCAUCACUAUCGGCAACGAGCGCUUCCGCUGCCCGGAAGCGAUGUUCCAGCCGAGUUUCCUGGGCAUGGAGUCUUGCGGUAUACACGAAACGACGUACAACUCCAUCAUGAAGUGCGACGUCGACAUCCGUAAGGAUCUGUAUGCCAACUCGGUGCUCUCGGGCGGUACCACCAUGUAUCCGGGCAUCGCUGAUCGGAUGCAAAAGGAGAUAACGGCCCUCGCGCCACCCACCAUGAAGAUCAAAAUAAUCGCGCCGCCUGAGAGAAAGUACUCAGUCUGGAUUGGCGGCUCGAUCCUCGCUAGUCUGAGCACGUUCCAGCAGAUGUGGAUCUCUCGGCAGGAAUACGACGAGCUAGGACCGUUCAUCGUGCACAGGAAGUGUUUCUGA